AUGCCCCUUAUUUCCCUCUUGCCUUCCCUCUUUUCCUUCCUAUUCUUCCUCUCCUCUUCCUGCUCCCCCACCUCCCCUCCCAAUUUUUCCCACCCAUCAUUCCCCUCCUCUUCCCGCGCUUUUCCCGCAACCCCCAUCCUGCUUCUCCCCAUCUCCCUCACCCACUCUCCUCCAGUGCAUAGCAGCAGGUCGCCCAGACACACCUGUGGUUCAGGGCGCCACAGCACCACUCUCAACCACACCAACUCCAGCACUAUGCCCACAUCCGAGGUGGCGGGCAUCUGGGUGGUGGGGGGUUCAUUCUUCGCCAGUGGGGAUGUUAACGCGGCUGCGGAAGAAAGCGUGUUUGCAGACCCUGAGGCAGCAGAUCAGGUGCUGACGAGUGGCACCAACAUCCACGUGCUGGGACUGAACGUCACCACACAGGUCACACUCACAGGCACAAACCUUGCCUCCCUGUGCACCCGAGACACGGCAGCCCCUCCAGCAGCAGGGGAGAGCGAGCACGGCACUGCGUCCUCAGCAGCAGUGGCGUCUGUGGAGGCAGAUAAGAGCGGGAGCCAGCAUGCAGCCUCGCCCUCACCAGCAGCGUCCCUGGUGGCACGUCUGGUGCAGGCAUACAGGGCCCACCACCAGCAGUCCAACCACAUAAAUGGAAUUUUUCUGCAUGACGCAUGUGCAGUGGCAGCGAUCACAGCGCCCUCACUUUUCUCCUUCAAGCGAGGCAGCGUGCGUGUGGAGAGCACCGGGGUGGGCCGGGGAUGCACUCUCAUGGACUACUCGCUGAAAAAGUAA